AGCCCUCUGUACUUAUCAACCUCUCACAGCUGCAAGGUCCUCAGUGUGCCUCUGUCCUUCGCCACAACAUGAGGUUCAAAUUCCCUCUCAUGGCUCUAAGCCUACAGGUUGCCAUGAUAAUUUUGUUUGGAUUAUUUAUUCACUAUGAAACAGAUCAGAAUCUUCAACAGCGGCUCAACACCACCACGUCAACACAUAAGGACAGAUUCUUUGAGUUAUAUCCUUUAUUCCAAGAUGUGCAUGUUAUGAUAUUUGUUGGGUUUGGCUUUCUCAUGACCUUUCUGAAGAAAUAUGGCUUCAGCAGUGUGGGUAUCAACCUAUUAAUUGCUGCUCUGGGUCUCCAGUGGGGCACUAUUACACAGGGGAUCCUACACAGCAAAGGACAGCAAAUCCACAUUGGAAUCACAAAUAUGAUAAAUGCAGACUUCAGUACAGCUACUGUUCUAAUUUCUUUUGGAGCUGUUUUGGGAAAAACAAGUCCAGUUCAAAUGCUGAUCAUGACAAUUCUAGAAAUUGCUGUCUUUGCUGGCAAUGAAUACCUGGUUGUUGAGAUAUUUCAGGCCUCUGAUACUGGAGCAUCAAUGGUCAUCCAUGCCUUUGGGGCCUACUUUGGUUUGGCUGCUGCAGGUGUCUUAUAUCGAUCUGGCCUGAGAAGGGGGCAUGACAAUGAGGAGUCUGUGUACCACUCAGACUUGUUUGCAAUGAUUGGGACUCUUUUUCUAUGGAUGUUUUGGCCCAGCUUUAAUUCGGCCAUCGCUGAACCCGGAAACAAACAGUACAGGGCCAUCGUGAACACGUACUUGUCACUCGCUGCCUGUGUACUCACAUCCUACGCAUGCUCCAGCCUCGUUGAGCACCGAGGCAAGCUGGAUAUGGUUCACAUUCAGAACGCCACCCUUGCUGGGGGAGUUGCGGUGGGCACCUGUGCAGACAUGGAGAUUCACCCUUACGGUUCUAUGCUCAUCGGGAGCAUUGCAGGAAUCAUCUCUGUGUUUGGGUACAAGUUCCUGACGCCACUUUUUGCUACUAAACUGCGCAUCCAUGAUACAUGUGGGGUCCAUAACCUGCACGGCUUACCUGGUGUGGUGGGAGGCCUUGCAGGCAUUGUGACAAUAGCCAUGAAAUCAUCUGACAUGUCUCAGGUGGCUAUGCAGGCAGCUGCACUGGGUUCUUCCAUCGGAACGGCGGUUGUUGGAGGUCUCAUUACAGGAUUAAUUCUCAGGUUACCUAUCUGGGGACAGCCACCAGACGAAGACUGCUAUGAUGAUGCUGUGUAUUGGGAGGUCCCUAGGAGGAGAGAACAUGACGAUCACUUCCAUGAACACAGUGACUACAACCAACUGGAACCUGACGUCUAAGUGACAUCCCUGUGCUUCUGCUUCCUUUCCUAUUCCCUAACUUAAAUCAAUGAAAAGGAGGAUCCAAAGGAAAUAAGGACUUUGGUAGACAGAUCUUAUACUCCACAUGACUAGUGUUAAAAAAUGUUUUUGUCUGGUGCUCUUCUUGAUGGUCAGUAAUUGUUUAAUUGAAGAGAUGUGACUCAUAAAACAGAUGGUCAAAUGAUUCUACCCAGAACUCCUAGUUCUGUCAGUAGGUUAGGGACAGAGUGAACGUUUGAUA